AUGACAUCGGACAAUGCAGGAGUUGUUGCGGUAACCAACAAAGGCCGGUCACACAGCAAAGCAACCAACUUGACCCUAAAGCAGAUAUUUGCAUUGCAGGCCCUAAAUGGUGUUCGCAUUCGCACCGACUGGUUUCCCCAUCACAUCGCAGAAAGUAGCAUUCCCACUGCCAGACCACCUUUCGGAGAAAAUGAUAUCAUUAUAGCAUCUGCCCACACCAUUUCCCACCAGUUUCACUCCCUCCCGGCCCAACCUCAGCCAGAAACCCAAUCGCUUAGCCUCAAUCCUUCUCCGUUUCGCCCACACUGCCGUGCAGACCAGCAGUUAUAUCUCUGGCAAGGACCUAACACACCCCCAUCUACAACAAUAACACACCCAGUCAUUGAGCACUUAGCCAGUCUGGCUACCAGAGCCUCUCUUUGUGACACAAGAAACUAUGGUGCCGGCCUCCACAAAUUUCACUUGUUCUGCAACAUAUUCUCAAUUCCUGAGACAGACCGUCUCCCAGCUGCAUUCGAGCUUCUUCACUCAUUUGCCUUGUGGGCAGUGUCCGACCUAUCUGAAUCCUCCAUAAGCUCAGUUCUGCAAGUAUCGACAUCCAUUCCAUAUGAGCCCAUAUCUGUCAGCGUCAUGAGAAAAUACCUUGCGGCAGUUCAUGCAUGGCACAUUGCUCAAGGAUGGCCUCCCCCUCUCUCAGACAACCAUCACGCUAGAAUUAACUGGUCAUUGCGAGGCUUAGACAACUUGGUCACCUCCCGAUGCAAGCCACUUUACCCUCCCAUCACUUUUGACAUGCUACAUGCUAUCAAGGUUACCUUAGAGCUAUCGGACCCAUUUGACGCUUGCAUUUGGGCUAUGGCCAGUUGUGCCUUCUUCUGGAUGAUGCGCUUCAGCGAGGUCUCUGUUGGAUCACGGGCCGCAUUCAAUCCCACCAAGCACCUAACUCGCAAGGAUGUAUUCAUGGGUACUGACCUCUCGGGAAAGUCAUAUGCCCGUCUGGACCUACCUUCAGCAAAGACAGCUUGCCCAGGCGAAAUCCAGUCCGUGUUUAUUGUCACUGAAGGCUCACUAUGCCCUGUUGUAACACUACACAAUCUCGCCUCGGUUGUCCCAGUGCUUCCCAAUGACCCCCUCUUUUCCUGGCACAAUCACACUGGCGAAAUUUGUCCUAUGAUCAAGCAACGAGCCCUCGAAUGA